AUGAGCGAAGUCCAGCAGGAGAAGCGGCAGCUAACAAUAAAAACGGGUGUGGUUCAACGCUUGGCAAAAGAGCUUGGCGUUUAUCGGCAAGAAGCAGAUGAGCAGGCUGUUCGCGUGAAACAGUAUGCGUCCCAGGGAAAGGAUGAAUGGGAUGUGAAGAAGCAGGAAGAAAUCCUUCGUGACUGUCAGCAAAUGGUGCCUGAUACAUCAAGACGUCUCGCAGCAGCCAUCUCAGAUCUUGAGUCUUGCAUGAACGGCCUUAGCAGCGAUUCUAAAGGCACAGAUGCAUAUUCUACUGCAAUGAGUGCGCUUGAGUAUGCGAAGGCCCAGUCGUCAUCGUUCUGA